GUCAUGAGCUGUUAAUUCCAGCCCCGGUCUCGAGGAUGAGGAGGAUCUAUUUGUGAGGAAGACACAACAAAGGAAAAGGAAACAAGGAGCAACAGGGUGGUGAAUUCUGCGAACUGGGAGUGAGCGAAAAAGAAAAGGAGUCGUGACUCCCAGCAGCAGCAGCCAUGUGAGAGGAGCUGUCGACAAGCAGAGGAUGCCCACGCCCAGCUAAAGCAGAGCAACCCCCCUCUCUCUCUCUGUCUCUCUCUCUCUCUCUCUCUCCCCCACCUGCUCCCUCCCCUCCUCCCAUAUGAGGACGAGAAGAUGACUAUCACCAACCGGCAGUCCUUCAAUGUCCUGACGAUCAUCUUCCUCCUGCUGUCCACUGCAGCGCUCUCAGCUCAUUUCCGAGUGUGUGAACCUUACUCCGACCACAAGGGGCGCUACCACUUCGGCUUUCACUGUCCACGCCUCUCGGACAACAAGUCCUACGUGUUCUGCUGCCACCACAACAACACCGCCUUCAAAUACUGCUGCAACGAGACUGAGUUCCAGAUGGUCAUGCAGCUCAACCUCACCACCACCUCAGACGGUUAUGCACACAAUAAUUAUACAGCCCUGGUCGGCGUGUGGAUCUACGGCUUCUUCGUCAUGGUGCUGCUGGCGCUUGACUUUCUCUACUACUCAGCCAUAAACUACGAGCUGUGCCGGGUCUACCUGGAGAAAUGGGGCCUCGGAGGACGCUGGCUGAAGAAGGCUCGGAGUCAGUGGCACAGGUCCAUGCCGGAGGAGAGCGAAGCCCAGGCUCAAGCUCAGCCUAUGGUCCCCAGCCACUAUCAGCCCAGACACAGCCUCAGAGGGGAGAGUCACAGCCCCACACUCCUGCCCUACAACACAUCCACCGCAUGAAUGAUGCUGCGAGUGGACAAACAGAAGAGUAGCAACACCUUGUUUCCUUAUGUGGUACAGAGGAGAUGCCCCACAGAUGCCCCUCUCUGGACCACAGACUAAAACACCAGUGGUGGGCUAGCCAUACUGUAGUAGUUAGAAGUGACUACUGCCCCCCCUUUCUAAUGAGCACAAAUCAUCCAUGGACUGACAGAAGCAGGCUGGUCUGGCAUUUAGAAAGCCGGCUGAAGAAAGCCUGUCAGGAAACACAGAGGACCUUAGUGCUGCAGUCACAGCAGAUGAACGACAGACACAUUCAACUGCUCACAGGUGUUCAGUGAUCCCUUGAAAUGGCUGCCAAGGCCUGGAGUGUCCCAAACAAAUCCAAGCUGAACUGGAUUAACUGUACUCAGAAGCGAGGAGGCUUGCCUGUUUUUAAAAAGAAGCUCAUCUUUCUAGAUAUAAAAUGUUUAUUACACUGCUGUGUCAGUUUGUGUUCAGUAGCAGUUAGACACAGUCGUGGGUUAUCUAUUUGGUGAUUAAUUUAUGUGAACUAGAGAAAUAUAUGAGUGGUUAACAUUCGGAACAUGUAACAGUUUAGGUUGAUGCUGAGCAUCUCACUUAGAGUAGAAUGUUUUUGUUACUUACUGAAACCAGACACAAAAUGUCUCUGCAGCCAUGUUGAAAAACAAUAUCUUGUAUGAAAUGUUUUAGGUCUCCUUUCUCAAAACAAGUACUUUCUUCUAUAUUGUAACGUGUCUGACAAGGACACAACGCCAUAAAGUUGAACUGCUGUAGAUCUAAAUGUUUUACAUUAGGACAUCAAGGUUUCACUUCGGUUUAGUGAUGGCGGGGAAAGGGAGCUGACUCUCUAUAAGUUAUUCACCCAAAACAUUAAUGAUGUUCAGGGAUCCUUUCACAACAUAAACAGAGCUUUAUGCUUAGCUAUUCAUUACCUUAAACAGGGGCAAGAUAUGACCAGAAUUUAACAAACAAAAUAAGAAGAAAAAUCAGUGUAUAUCACCUCAGUAUCAUUUUCUUUCUUUAAAUUGGCGUCUGUCAGUCUUGGAGGCUAUGUUAGGUUCGUGUGGUGUCUAGCCGUGUUCAAUGGUCGGCAGCUAAGCCAGUUUGAAGUGAACUCUGUUGCCCACGUUGACUCCCCCAUGAUCUGAAGUUGUAAUCCUGACAUGCAGCAGACUACUGUCAGCUAAUAGGGGCUCUGAUCUGCACAGCUAACCAAGCUGAAGGCAGUUUGUCACGACAGCAAAGUGUAUAGCAAGCAGCAGUUAGCAGUUAUGCCACCUCCUAUAGUUUUGGAGCCACCUUUGACAAGUGGCCAUAUCUUAGCAACAAACCCACAAGCACAUCUGAGACCAUGACUUAUAAUGUGAGUGUGAGACAGUGGCCUGGGUAUCGUCAUCCAAUGACGUGUUUGCCCUUCCUCAUUACCGGAGAUGCCUGACAAACAGCUCCAUUAGCAAUAUGAUACAAAUGAAUAUCAAUUUGGCUCCUUUAUAAGGAGCACUCUUAAUCCCACAUUGGUAACAGACAAUUGGAAAAGAUUAGCCAUAAUGGAAAUGUAAAAAAAAAAAAAAGAAAAGAAAAGAAAAAUCCAUUAAAACCCCUUCAGUGUCAGCAAUAAUGUACAGUAGCAUUGUCAGAUGGAUGAUAUGGUAAGCAUAAAAUCUUUACAUUGGGAACCAGUGAAACAGUUAAUUAUUAAAUUACAGUCGCUGCAACUAAAAAUUAAUUACAUCAUUGAUUCAUCUAAAUAUACCAAUUAUGUUCUUAAUCAAUAAUCAUUUUGUCAAUAAAAAUGGAGGAGACAGUGACUUCUUUAGUCCAGUCAACAGUCAGAAAUCCAAAGAUAUUCAAUGUGAAAAGCAUUUGAGAAACUGAAACCAGGGGAUUGUUUGUCAUAGAAUAAUUGCAUUUACAUAAACAGUCAGUUCAAAUUAAAUCAGAACUAACCACUGGGAUAAAUUCUCUGUAAUCCCUAAUUUGUUGUCAUUUAUGUCUGAGAACAAACAAAGCAGCUGCUGGUGCCAGAUUGAAUAUGAGUGACAGCGUGAGAGGACCAGGUGGACCAACAGUUAGUGCAGUCGGGUCCCAAUCUUACAUCUGCAACUGUUAAUCUGGCAGCUGCAGAGCCUGUUUGUGUACACAGUCUCCAGUUCGUGCACACAGUGAAAUGUCAUCUGAAUUUCCAGAAUAAAUGUUAGCAAAAACUAUUUCUGCAAAAACCACAGAGAAGUUCAAACUCAUGGAUAUAGGCGGUCCAACCUUCCAGUGGGAAAAAAAGCUGGUUUUGGUCACUACAAAAACAGCAGGAGACGUCUGUAGGUCACCUUGAGAAACAACCGGCAUUGCCCACAAAGUGGAUAUCCACCAACAGAUAUUUGUCUGGACACAUAUCCAUUGGUGUGAGCUGGACUGCGGUGGCAGUUUGGCAGCCUUGUUGGCUUGUAAUUAUGCCGACUCCAUACCCUCCACCCCCCAGUGUGAAAGGUGUCUAUACGUCCAAGGUCAACCUUGGACGUAUUUGUGGUUUGCAGAAACAUUAACAUCAUAUCCUGGUACCUGGGUGGCAAUAUCGUCACUUUAAAGCCAACAUGAGAUAGUGACACAGAAAUGCCAUGACAGCUAUGAAACUUGGGUCCUGCCGUCGUAUUUAUCCUCUCUGUUUCAUGAAGUUUAAGUGGACCCACUGAGCAGACUUACUCAAGUGCUGCUGCAAGGGGGGCCUGCCGGCAUCAUCCUCAGUUAUCAGCAAUAAUAUUCACAUUUGCUGAGUUGUUAGAGCAAGUUAAUUCCCAUUCCGGUGGCUAAAGUUUAAUUGCAUGUGCGCCCCAGCAGGCUCGUGCCAUCAUUUUCAGGGGCAGAGGAAUGGGAAGUGUCCAAGUGAAAUAAUUGGCCCGGAGACCAGCCGCGGUUCAAAAUUACACUCUCUUGCUUUCUUCUCUGUAGCUGCCUCCUUAUUCCCAGAGUGUGAACAGCAACAGCGGACAGGGAGGAGAGGUUUCUAAUAGUAGGUGCAGCAGCAGAAAGGGGGUUUAAUUAGUCCCCAAUGCUGGAUAAGUGGG